GCACUGCAAGGUUACUUCUCAAAAAGGAAAAGAGCGAUCGAGAAACUUGGCCACGCCUCAGGUCGGAGAAAGCGGAGGCGGCCACAGUCCGAGGGAAAGCUGCUUGAUUUCUCAGUGGCUUCUUGAUCACACCUCGCUGACCAUCAAUCAUUCCGAGUCGUUCCUUAUCUCGAGCGCUAGCCGCCAAUAUACUUUCGAAUUGUGCCCAAGGCCCGUGCCCCACUCGUCAGUCAAGCCGUUCCAGUUUGACACAACCGCGCGGCAUAUCUACCCCAUCAGCCGACAGGCCCGGAGCUCAAUUCCAAACAUUCCGGGCAGUCGGAACAAGGACGAAUGUCGGGGAUGCUGUUGGAGCUGCCUCCUGACAUCUACCUGGAGAUCAGCACCCACCUCCUGCUCAUUGAUGUCUUAUCUUUACUCCUGACCUGCAGGACAAUCUAUCAACUCGGCCAGGAAAGGAGUUUCUGGAUAUCGCUCCUGCGGGUGAAUCGAGCCCACUCGCCAUUGGCCUGCCCAGUGCACACCGACCUCUCACAAUGGCCGCUUGAGCGACUUAAGAAUUUGGCGUUCAUUUGGAUGAACGUCUAUCUCAGUUGGAGCUCGCCUGCGCCGCGAUUCACACGCCCAGUUUCACCUCUCCGGUUCCCCGAGCCUGUGGAAUUUGUGGCGAGCUUGCAAGGAACGAGCAUUCUGCUCCUGCAUUUCAAGGAGCGACAGCAAUUAGUCUGCUGGGAUACAAGAGUCAAUUCGAAGUCCGCUGUGCCCACAAUUCCAUUCCAUGGUCAAGUCGUCGAGACAUCUGUCGCAUUUGAGUCUUUGGGGAUAACUGCCUUCGUGCUCGGCCGACAGCUUUUCGCCGCUCCGUCCGAAAUCCAACUCCACAUCGUCACCAUUUGUCAUGAAGAGGACGAGGUAUCCGUCUUCACCUGCACUCAAACCCAGAUGACAUCUUCCACGAGCUUUGACUAUGAGUCCUUCCUGCUGACGGAGGAAUUCGUUGGGUCGGUCGGCAUCCAAGACUCGGCUGACUCAGCAAAGCUCAUGUUUGGCCGUCGGUUCGAAGCUGCAAGCGGGGAUUUUUCUGUCAGCGAGAUCGCCAUCAAGGCUCCUCGGCAGUUUUCGAGUGACCGGGAGCAAUUUGUCUGUUUCCCAUUCCAAGGGCAUUUCUACAAUCUGUUCGAGGAUGGGCUGUCUGUCCACGUACGACACGUGUCAAGGAACAGUCUUUUGCACAACGACGUCAGAGACUCCAUUCAAUAUGUGUCCUUGAUAUCGGCCGACGCAGAUGAUCUGCAUCCCUUUUGCUACACGCUCCCCACAUCGCCCGUUUACGGCAUCGCCGCUGCUUUCGUGCGGAACUCGCCUGAUGAGCUGGAUGUUGUCAGAGUCACGUUUCUUCCCCUGUAGCUUGACACACUCGGAUGACGAUGGGUUCAGUCCCCGCUGGCGUUCGAUCCUCUCUGUCGAUCGGUCUCCAUCACCGGCAACGUGAGGGAUCGCGAUCUCAUCUGGAUGGACCAUAGCGGUUCCAAUAUUCUGCUUGUGAUCGAGACGCUUAGUUUUACCAUGGAGCUUAAGCUGAUUCGAUAUCAUUUGGGUGCUCCGGGAUCCAUUACAGUCCAUUCCAUGGUCGUUCCCGAGUCGAUCGACAUCGACGGCCUCCGUGCGGUGUGCAUAGAUGAUUCCACGGGCGCCGUUUAUGUCAUUGACUCGCGGUACAUGUUCUAUACCUUGCAGUACGCUUAGAUAGUACUGUUUAGAUCUUCUUCUUCUUAUGCUCAGUCUGUAAAUAUCCUGAUUGAAAACCAAAAUACCUAGAUUGAACAAGAUAAGAUAAGGUGCGCAGUGAUGUCUUGUGGUUGAUCGGCCCGAUGAUGGCUUAAUAUCUUGCUCUUGACGUUCAUCCAUAUGGCCGCCAGCCUCGUACUCUCCGAGCUUCCAUCGGACAUCAUCCUCGAAAUAGUCAGGCACGCGAAGAUAUCUGACGCGCUCUGUCUUCUCUUUACGUCUCCGGUGCUGUAUCGACUCUGGAAUGAGCGCAGCUUUUGGAUCUCCGCAUUAAGAAACGUCCGACGAGAACAUAUCCUGACUCUUCCCGGAGAUCUUUCGCAAUAUCCACUGGAGGCACUGCGCGAGCAGGGUCUCAGAUUCGUGAGGCUGGAACGCAAUUGGGGACAUAGCUAUCCUAUCGUCUCAUGGUACCGCCAGUUGGAACCCUUCCACGGACCACUUCGACAAUUCUCUGUCAUCCUCAAUGUCCAAGGGACAGGGAUCUUGGUUCUCCACGAUGCUGACAACGGCCAGCUUAUCUGUUGGGAUACCCGACAGGAAGACCCGCAACUGGCACCGAUGCCGACUGGACACACCAUCAUGUUCCUAUCCACCCUGCAUGAGACAGACCAAGUCUCUUCGCUGGCUCUUUUGAGCAUCGUCUAUGGGAGGCCUCACAACGUCGCCGGACGUCGCCAGAUGUUCCGAAUCACGCAUCGGAAUAACCAGCUUGUUAGUUUCGAGCUUGUGCAGUCCGAAAUUGUCCCAGAUCAUGAAGUCGACAGUGGAUACCUGGCUCACACCACCGAACACAUGGCCUUUCUCGCAAGCCCCGAGUUCUCGCCUUCUCUGAUAUCGACACGGUUGUCGGAUGGGCACACUUUGAGGGCUGUAUUCAGAUUUGGUCAUGAGCCUACUCCGAACCAGGACAUCAUCGCCUUUUUCGCUCAUCGUGACCACUUUUACUUCCUCCACGAAGAUGGAAUCAGCGUCCAGACACACCAUGUGUCUCCCACCAGGCUCGUCGAAGGCCAACGGCAGGAGCCCGAUACGACGAGCAUUACCAUACCCGGAGCCGGCGACUAUGUUGUUAGGCCAAAGCCGCUCUGCUAUGUUCUUCCCACGUCGCAUUUCUACGGAGUCAGCGGUGCAUUUGUCCGCCUCGUAGAUGAGGACCGACUCAGUCCCCGCCUGCUCUUCACUUUCGUGCUCAGCGCCGACACAGAUUCUGCCGAAAAGCCCCUCGUCUUCGCCCCAGUUUGCAAAACCAUUCAAAUUCGCGGUCAGAUGAUGGGCAAUGCCGAGGGUGGGCUGAAUAGCCUGAUCUGGAUGGACCACAGCGGACACAAUGUCAUUGCUGGAAUAACUCGGGACGGCGUGAACAGCGUUUUGCUCCUCCGACUGCAUCUCGAAGACGGGACCAUCACCGUCCAUGAUUUGGUGAUGCCAGCAUCAGUCGAUCUGGAUGAGGUGUCUUCCAUGUGCAUCGAUGAGGUCAAUGGGACAAUCUAUCUCGCCAAUGGCGUUGGGCGAUUUACUCUUCUGCAUUACACUUGAUUGGAUAUAUGCUGCAGUUGCACCUGCUGUCGUAUGUAUGCUUGAGGAUAUGUUUGUCGGUCAGUUCGGCCUUGGUCGAUACAAUUUAAUUUACCGGAGAUCCAAAAGGGGAUACCUUUGUACUCUGAUUGACACGUGCCAUGUCCCGACUUACACAAUGGUUGGCGCGAACCGCCUUUGUUCCUACAAUCGCGACCGCCAUCCUUCGUCUUUAUGAUUCGGAGAAUGGGCGAUAAACUGAACCAGCUUGGAAACGCCUCCUCGAAUAACUAUGGCGACUCCGACUUGAUGCACGGCCCGGGCAGCCCGUCAUCCAUCCAAUCUGCAUCGACCUCGUACCUGUCGCAUUCCAGCUAUGACCACCGCGGGUCGAUCUCCACCCAGGCGACGUCUAUCAGUGACUGGAGCAAUGAUAAACGUGUGUACGGCAUGGAGUCAGAGAUGGAGGUCGUAUUGGAGGAGGAGAAGCCGCCGGCGCCGAGGCCCAAGAAGCUCGUCAGCCGGCCACGGGGAGUCUAUCGCUUGACCGACUUCAUCAUCCAGCGGACGCUGGGGACGGGCAGCUUUGGGCGAGUGCACCUGGUGCGAAGCAAGCAUAAUCUGCGAUUUUACGCAGUCAAAGUGCUCAACAAGGACAGGGUCGUACGCAUGAAGCAGGUGGAGCACACGAACAACGAGCAGCGCAUGCUUGAAUGCGUGCAGCACCCAUUCAUCAUCAACUUGUGGGGAUACUUCCAAGACAGCGCGAAUCUGUACAUGGUCAUGGACUUUGUGCCUGGAGGCGAACUGUUCACACUUCUCCGACGCUCGAAUCGAUUUCCUGAUCCGGUCGCUAAAUUCUAUGCUGCCGAAGUCGGUCUCGCGCUGCACUAUCUGCACGACCUCAGCAUAAUAUAUCGCGAUCUCAAGCCCGAGAAUGUGUUGCUCAACUCGGACGGCCACAUCAAAGUUGCCGACUUCGGGUUCGCCAAGGCCAUCGAGUCGUCGACAUGGACUCUAUGUGGGACACCGGAUUACCUUGCACCGGAGGUCGUGCGUCAGGGUCGUUACAACAAAUCUGUGGACUGGUAUGCCUUAGGUGUUCUGAUUUACGAGAUGCUUUUCGGACUGCCCCCGUACCACAUGGCCGAGCCAAACCACAUGCAACUUUAUAACCGAAUCCAGGAAGGGCCGGCCAAAGUCGCCUUUCCAUCCGCAGCAUUCUCAGACCACGCCCGAGAUCUCAUCAUGAAAUUGAUGGAAGGUGAUCCCUCAAAACGAUACGGAAAUCUGCGUCAUGGAGCGGGAGAUGUUUUCGCCCAUCCGUGGUUCCGAGAAGUGGAUUGGGCCCGGCUGGAGGCCCGAGAAAUCACUGCACCGUAUCUGCCCAGAAUCGCAGGGGACGGUGAUGCGAGCGCAUUCGACAAAUAUCCUGAGGACGAUGUGUCCUCAACCUAUGGCUUGUCCGUGUCGGAUCCGAAUGGGGACCUGUUUCCCGACUUUGAGUACACGGCGAAUGCUUGAUGGAUUGGCCGUUUCUCUUGUACUUGCAUAUUGCUGUCGAUCUCGGUUUCUUUUCCAAAGUGUACCUAUCCCUCUGGCUGGCACAAAGUGGGGUUUUCUUGCAGAUUGGGCCAGCUGGAUUAUUACAAGUCCCUGGGACAAGCACACGUUCUGAUGGAGGGUCUUAAAGCGAUCGAAGAAGACUGAUUGAGAAACCGGCGUGGGCUUCUAAAAUCGGAGGAAUUGACUCGUGGUCGAUGGGUUUUGUGCUUCGCGGGCUGGGAGUCCGAAAUUACAAUCCCUGCAAGGAUGUAUUUGAGCAUUUCGCAUGUCGCGCGCGCCUGUCUGGAAAACAUCAAAGAGACGGAGAUGUUCUGUCAAACGAAAGAUCAGAAUCACUCCUGUGAAGGCGCCAAUCAAAGUCAGACCUGCAUGGGAGCGCGCGAUCUACAUGUGUACUUAAGUCUGGGAGGACAUCGUGUUGACAUAGAAAGGCACAUAAGAAUCUCAAGGAAUACUAGUCUCCCCCAAGUUGCCCAAGUUAGUCCACGGUGAGUCACUGUGCGUGACGCAGCGAUGGUGAUCGCGUGACAAGAAUAACACUCACCAACAGAAGCCUGAGGGAAAGUUGUUAGAUUGAUUCCCUCAUUUCGCGUCUUCCACCAUGUCUUCAUGGAACCCGCAACCUGCUGGCCUCCAAGAGGUCCUCCAGACUCUUCACGAGUCCACAGACAUGAAUACUAAUGUGCAGCGAAUGAUCACCCAAAAACUAAACAACUUUACGCGCUCUCCUGAAUAUAUUGGGUACCUCGCACACAUCCUCGCGGCUAUGCCACAGGAGGAAGACCGGAUUCGCACCAUCGCAGGGUAUUUGCUGAAGAACAACUCACGGCUCAUCCUCACUGCAACCCCCGAUGUGGCCGCAUAUGUGAAAGCGGCCGUUCUCCAAGCCUUCAACGACGCAUCUGUAAUGAUCCGAAAUGCUGCUGGCCAGGAUAUCGUUGCCUUCCUCGGACAGCUCGAGCCACGCAAUUGGCCAGAGUGCCUGCAGCAGCUCAUGCAGACACUCGAUUCACCCGAUUUCGACCGGCAGGAGGCUGCGUUCAAUGUCCUAGAGAAGUCCUGCGAGGACUAUCCCCGAAAAAUGGACGUGGACAUCGGUGGCACCCGUCCCCUCGAUUUUAUGAUCCCCAAGUUCCUCAUGCUUGCUGAGCACCCUUCUGCCAAGAUGCGAUCGCAUGCCAUUGCGUGUCUAUCGUACUUCGUACCCAUCGCCUCCCAAUCCCUCUUUGUCCACAUCGAUGCAUUCAUCGCAACACUGUUCAAACUCGCCUCGGAUGACGACCCGUCGGUGCGUCGUCACGUCUGCCAAGCACUGGUUCUUCUGCUCGCGGCGCGUCCCGAGAAGCUGAUGCCGGAGAUGAAUAAUGUCGCCGAAUACAUGCUGUACUCGACCAAAGACAAGAACGAGAAUGUCGCGCUCGAGGCCUGCGAGUUCUGGCUGACGUUCGCGGAGGAUGCCGAUCUGGCGCUGCACUUGCACCCUCUUCUUGGCAAAGUGGCACCUGUCCUGCUUGACUGCAUGGUCUACGGCGAAGACGAUCUGUUGUGGCUUGAGGGAGACGCCGAGGAUGCAGCCGUUCCGGACAAGGAGACGGAUAUCAAACCUCGUCAUUAUGGAAGCGGAAAGUCGCACGGUCUGGAACGCGACCCUACCGAACAGCAACAAUCCAAGACGCGAAUCGGUGCCUAUGGCGAGGAGACCAUCGAUUCAGAUGAAGAGGACGACGACUUUGAUGAUGAGGACUUUGCUGAUGAGAUGUCCACUGAAUGGAACUUGCGCAAGUGCGCUGCCGCCGCAUUGGACGUUCUUGCUGUCCGAUUCAGCGGCGAUCUCUUGAAUGUUUUGCUUGGACCGCUGAAAGAGAAGCUCUGGAGCAGUGACUGGCUUCAGCGUGAAAGUGGCAUUCUUGCUCUUGGCGCCAUGGCUGAAGGCUGCAUCGAAGCGAUCGAGCCCCAUCUCCCAACUCUCGUUCCGUUUCUGAUCGGCACGUUAUCUGAUGCCAAGCCGCUGGUUCGUUCCAUCACGUGUUGGACCCUUGGUCGCUAUGCCAGCUGGACGACUCAACCCAUUUCGGAGGAACACAAGAACCUGUACUUUGUGCCCACAAUGGAGGGUCUUCUUCGCAUGGUUCUUGACAGCAAUAAACGAGUACAGGAAGCUGGAUGUAGUGCGUUUGCGACUCUUGAGGAAGAUGCUGGCAUGGAGCUGGCGCCUUACCUGGAGCCGGUCUUGCAGAAUCUCGUGCUAGCAUUCGAGAAGUACCAGCACAAGAACAUGCUCAUCUUGUACGAUGCUGUUGGGACUCUCGCUGACGCUGUUGGACGGGCUCUGCAGAACCCUCGUUACGUGGAAAUCUUGAUGCCCCCUUUGACCAAUCGUUGGAGCCGUCUGAAGGAUGAUGACGAAGAUCUCAUCCCAUUGCUGGAGUGUUUGGCUUCAGUGACCAUUGCGAUGGGGGUCGCCUUCCUUCCUUAUGCGCCUCCGGUCUUUGAGCGCUGCGGCAAUAUUAUACACCACGCACUCCUCAAAUAUCAGGAGUACCAGCAAAACCCUGAACUAGAGGAGCCGGACAAGGCCUUCCUGGUUGUCGCACUAGACCUGCUCUCGGGACUGACGCAGGGACUGGGCAUGGACUUGCAGCAGUUGAUCGCACAUAGCAACCCCCCAUUGCUGUCUCUGCUUACUGUCUGUCUGAAACACCCGCAAGCGCCUGUCCGACAGUCAGCUUACGCCUUGGUCGGUGACAUGGCUAUGGGCUGCUUUGUGUUGCUGCGUCCUCACAUGCCGGGUAUCAUGGCGGAGUUGAUUCUGCAGCUCGACCCGGAGCCCAAGUAUGAUUUCAUCAGUGCAUCGAACAAUGCUGCCUGGUCGGUCGGUGAAGUUGCACUUCGAUACGGCCGUGAUGAUCCCGAGUUCAAACAAUGGGUCGGACCCUUGAUUGCUCGGCUGGUCCCUAUCCUUCUCCACCCAAAGGCACCUCGUAGUCUGCACGAGAAUGCGGCGGUGUCUAUCGGCCGCAUCGGUCUGAUGCACCCAGACCUGGUUGCGGGACACCUGCCAGAAUUUGCACAAGCGUGGUGCCAAGCGCUAUACGAGAUCCGGGAUAACGAGGAGAAGGAUUCUGCUUUCCGAGGAUUCUGCACUUUGGUUCAAGCGAACCCUCCGGGCAUUGCCAAGAGCUUGCUCUGGUUCUGCAAUGCAAUUGUUCGAUGGAACCAACCGUCGCCGGAGCUGAACAAUAUGUUUACCACGUUGCUCCAGGGCUUCAAGCAACACGACCCAGCGGCUUGGCAAGCGCAAGUCACGCUUUUCCCACAGCCCAUCCAGGAGCGACUCGCUGCUCGAUAUGGUGUCUAAAGUGUCUCCCCCCAAUCCCUGUACUAUCAGUCCAUCAUUGUCUCUGUGUUAUGCCUCGUUCGCGAAUACUUCCGUCCCUUGCAUCUGGAUCAUUUUCGUAGCUGUAGUCUUCCUUGUUCUGUCCUCCCCCAUAUAUCUUAC